UUAAAUAAAGAAAUUUUAUUUUUUUUUUUAUAAAAACUAAAUAAUUUAUUCAAUUAGAUUAUAUUAUUGAAUAAUUUUUAAAAGAGAUAUUAAUACAGGAAAGUCUACUAUCCACUUCACUAAUGUUUGACAUAAGUACACUUGCCUUACUACUAAUGUACUAUUCUUAGUAGAAAUACUACUACUAUUACUACUCCAUAGCUAUUUUAUGUAAAGUAGCGAUGGAUUUAACCUAAUAAUUUCUAUAAUAAUUUUCCAAAAAUUUAAUUUUUAUAAAUAUUUUCAGUAUUAUUUAUUUUCAGUAUUAUUUAUAAAAACUAAAAAUAAAAAUUUAGUAUAUUUUUUAAAUAAUGAAUAGUUAUUUAUUAGCAUCAAAUAUUAUUAAGAAAAUAGUUCAAAAUUCAUAAAUAAUAACAUUACUACUAAUUGUAUUUAAUAAAAACCUGCACAAAAGUGUGUCGAUAUAUAUGUGUAUUCUUGUACUACGUCUUCAAUGUGUUUAGAGCAUUCUUAAAUGACUAUGAAAGGAGAAAUACAUAUAUAUGAUGAGAACGGCACCAAUACAUGAAUAUAUUCUAUUGCUAUUCAAGAUGGAGAGAAAACAACGUAUGUUUUCUGUAAGGUGGUUGUAAACAAGAAAAUCGGAAAGAAAUAUCUAUUUGUUAAGUAAUAAUUAAUCGAUGAGAAAUGGCAAAAUCUGUAUUAAGUUCUGACACAUUGCCAAAAGCAGGUCGAGUAAAUGAAGUGUGUCGUGAAUGGUUGGUGCAUGAGGAUGGAGCUCUCGCGUAUCGUUUACAGGAUGAAGAAAUUAGAGAACAUUACUCUAGCAACAAAAUGCGUAAUGCACAAGUCAGAGAAGAUUUACCAAGAGCUAAAGUUGAACAAGAAUUGGAAACUCUCAAAUAUCAAUCCUACAUUCAGCAGCAAGAAGAAAGAGAUGCACUAGUUGCAAAACAAAUUGCAUUAUCUUUAGAACGUGAAGAAAGACAACGAGAACGAGAAUUGCAAGAACAAAUGAGACUGCAAUUGAGGUUGGAUGACGAAGCUGCACAGCUUGAAAUUGAACGACAUAUUCAAGAAGAAAAAGAUGAGGAAUUAGCAAGAAAAUUACAGCAAGAAGAAGAAGAAAGUGCUAUAAGUAACCACGAUGGUCCUAUUAAUGAGCAAUUACUAUUAGAUCAAAAAAUUGCAAUGGAAGCACAGGAUGCUGAAUUAGCACGAAUGCUUCAAGAAAAAGAACGUGCAAAAAUAAGGAAAGCUAGACAAAAAGCUAGACAAAGAAAAUUGGAACGACAACAACUUCAAGAAUUAGAAGAACAAAAUCUCACAGAGAAACCUCAACGACCUGAUAGAUUAGAAUUGAAGAAUGUGCAAAGUAAGACUAGAAUACAACAGUCUUUAAAUUAUCCUCAAUAUCCUGAUCCUGAAGAAAUACAAAUACUAGAUGAUUCAAUUGAAAAUAUAAGAGAAGUGCAAAAUGUGGCUGCAAUUAUUGAUCCUACAUAUAAUGGAAAUAUACAUAAAAACACUUCAAGUAGUUCAAGCAGUACAGUAAGCCCUACAUAUGCAUUACCUACACCACCACAGGAGCUUAUGAAUGAUGAUGUUCCAUGUUACAUGCCUAUCCAAGGACAACGAAGAAAUCAAAUGCAAUCUCCGUCCCAAACUCAUGAAGAAAAGCAUAAACGUCGAGUGAAAGAUGGUUGCAAACAACAAUAGAGAUAGUCUGUUUCUUUAAUAAAAUAUUUUUUGAUAUUUUUUUCGUUGCCAUGAAGAAACGAUAUUUUAUUUAUCAUAAGUUUCAUAGAAAUUCUUAUUAUAUAUGCAACUUAAAAAUCAAUACAAAAUAGAAUUAAAUUUGUAUCCUUCGUUUACGACGAAAUAUAGUUAACGAAAGCAAUAUAAAAAUAAAUGUGCCUUUUAAAAUGAUACGGUGUAAGAAAUCGACGAAUAUCAAUAACUCAUCAAUAUUUAUUAACAAAUUGCACCGUCCUAAAUCUUAAAUCUGCCUUUUUCUAUAUAUAUUUAUCGAACUGAAAAUAAUAUAUUGACAAUUAUUAUAUUAAUGAUAUCAAAAAAAUUAUUAUGCAAAAAGAAAGAAAUAAUAAAAACAAAUAGUAGAUAGACAAUCAGAAUUAAAACUAAAAAAGGAAGAUUCAGUUAUUGUAUUUAAUUGUAUUAAGUAAAUAAUGAUGUACAAAUAUUGACAAUUUAGACUGAAUAUUAAAUGAUCUAAAGAUUUUAAUUAAACAUAAAUACUGCUCUCUAAAUUUACUAUAUAUCUAAUAUAUUGCAUUCUCAUUGUCUUUUUCUUAGAGCAAUAUUUUUUCUUUUAAUUAUUUAAGGCAAAACCAAGAAUAACUUACUGCCAAAGAAGACAUUCAUAACGUUCAUUUUACAUUAGACAAAGUUUAGUAUUAGCAACAUGAGAAUAUAUUUUUUUUUAAAAUAUUUGAAAAAUGAAGUUACGAAUGCGUGCUAUAAAAAAAGUGCUUCGUAAAUUUAAUAAUCUUUAUUUUAAAAAACAAAUUUAAUGAUUAUAUUAUAAUUUUUACUAAUCUAUUAGUAAUCUAAUAUAGACGCGCAGUAUUUAUAGUAUUAUUAUUUAAUAUUACUUCAAUAUUUAAGCUUAACUCAUUAUUUAUGGUGAUUGGAAAUUUAUUCAAUAGUGAUAAUAUUAAUUCUUUUUUACAUUUAUUGUAUGAAUACAGCUCUAUACAUGGUAUAUUAAUAAAUUAUUUACAAAGUUA